GUUGCAGAUCACGCUGCAGGCACAUCCACGCACAUGUCGAGACCUCGGUCCACAAGAUAAACUAACAAACCCGGGGAGGAUCGCCACCGCUCGAGCCGAGCCCAACCCCAACCACCGGGGAUCAGAGAGAGAGCAGAGAGCAGAGAGUGAGAGCGACGCCUCUUGUUGCUCGGCUCCUUCACGGCCGGUCAGUCGUCCUCACCUCGCCACUCUCCAGACCGCGACGUUCUCGCCUUACCCUUUCUCACUCGCGUCAAGCAGCAAGGCGUCGCCUCGUCCACCUCCAUGUGAGUGACAGGCUGACAGCACAGCGCUGCCUCCCGUGUCUCGCCCGGCGUGGCCGGAGUUUGCAGAGGAAGAAGAAGCUAGCAGCGGCCGGCUGCAGAAUUAGGUCGGGAAGGCACAGCCGCAGAAGACAUGGGGCUGCUGUCUCACCGGGUGGAGCGGUCGGAGAUCAAGGCCGGCGACCACAUCUACACCUGGCGCGCCGGCUACACCUACUCCCACCACGGGAUUUACGUUGGCGGGAGCAAGGUGGUGCACUUCACGCGGAAGAAGGAGGCCGGCACCGCCGGCCUGGACUCUGCCAUCGCCGUGUCGAGCCUCCUCUCGCAGGGCCCCGACGAGUGCCCGACCUUCCCGGACUGCGGCUUCCAGCUCCCCGACAGCGGCGUCGUGCUCACCUGCCUCGACUGCUUCCUCCGCGGCGGCGCGCUGCACCGCUUCGAGUACGGCGCUCCGCCCGCCGUGUUCCUCGCCAAGCUCCGCGGCGGGACCUGCACCACGGCGUGCGCCGACGGCGGGCCCGACGCCGCCGUGCGCCGCGCCAUGCACCUCCUCCAGAACGGCUUCGGCGACUACGACGUGUUCGAGAACAACUGCGAGGACUUCGCGCUCUACUGCAAGACGGGCCUCCUCCCCGCCGCCGGAGGCGACGACAUCGGCCGGAGCGGCCAGGCGGCGUCUGCCGUCGGCGUGCCGCUGGCGGCACUCCUCUCCACCCCGUUCAAGCUGUUCGCCACCGGCCCGCUCGGCAUGGCCGCGGUCACCGCCGGCGUGUACUGCGCCGGCAGGUACAUCACCGACAUCGGGGUGAGGAAGGACGUGGUGAAGGUGGAGGUCGAGAACCUCGCGGCGCACCUCGGCUGGCGCCGCGCCAAGGCCGAGGAGGCGGUCAAGAAACAGCAGCAGCAGCAGCAGCAGCCACCGCCGCCGCCUGAGAAGAAGCCGAACAGCAGGCUUCUUCCUCUGAAGCGGAAACGAGAGAUUUGCGUCUGAUUUUGCGUGGAUAUAGCUUGGGUUGCAUAGAAAUCAAUAAGUGUGAUAUAUAGAUAUCGAAGCGUGCUUUGAUUUGAUUAGUUGUGAAUUCACUCUGCGUGAUCCAUCUUCUUCAUGAAUUGGGAGAUCGGGUAUUUGCAGCUCCAACGUGUUUCUGUGCUAGUCAAUUAGUUUUGUUCUCUGUAUCUGAUAUAGCUCAAGAGUUCAGUAAAUGAUUUGUCAUGUUACCACACUGCA